ACCACGUCGUUUCAGGUUACUUACUGGACGUGCAGGCGAAAUGGGGAGAUGCCGAACGCCUCCGAGCAUCAGCAUUGCCAUUGACGGCGGAAGCAGAAACCAUCACUGAGCUGCGCGAAGCUUCCGCCCAAUCUGUCUUCCUCCAUCGCAGCCUCUCUCUCGUUCCGGUUUCGUCUCUCUCCAUCUCAGAUCUUUCUUGGCUGCGCUUUCCCUCCAUCACAGUCACAGUGUGCAUAACACCACAAAAUCUGCAAGCAUGACAAUCCAUUCAGUUGUGAUUCAGAAACUUCUGAGCACCAAUGCCCAGAUUGGUCGACGAGUUGCUGCUCACCAUUUGAAAGUAUACACUUAUGGUAUGCGCAACAAAAUGGUUAUGUUUGAUUCCGAUAAGACCUUAAUUUGUAUGCGCAGUGCCCUCAACUUCAUUGGGUCCCUUGCUCGGCAAAGGGCUCGAUUUAUGUUCGUCAAUACCAACCCUUUGUUCGAUGAAAUCUUUGAGCAAAUGACGAAGAAAAUUGGUUGCUACAGCCCCAGUGUGAAUGCCCUUUGGCGCACUGGUGGGUUCUUGACCAAUAGUAAUAGCCCCAAGAAGUUUCGGUCCCGGAGCAAGAGGCUCAGCUUUGGUCCUACUCAGCCACCUGAUUGUCUUGUUAUUGUGGACACUGAAAGGAAAUCAACGGUUAUAAAAGAGGCUUAUAAACUGCAGAUUCCGAUUGUAGCUUUGGUUGACUCUGGCAUGCCGUUGGAAUUUUACAAGCGAAUUGCAUAUCCUAUUCCUGCUAAUGAUUCCGUGCAAUUUGUUUACAUGUUCUGUAAUUUGAUAACCAAAACAUUAUUGCUUGAGCAGAAGAAGUUAUCCAGCACUGAAGAUGAGUUCUCUAGUCAACAAGCUCGAGAAGCCAAGCGAAUCAAAGAGAAGAAAAGAAAGAUUAAGUUUACAAAGGGCGAAUUGGCUGUUGUCCCCUAUGCUGAUAUAACACUUGUUUCUGAAGCAGACAUAGAAGAGACUAAGAAGCUUUUGGACAAGCUUGUUGUUGUGAAGCUCAAUGCUGGAUUGGGAACAAAGAUGAUGGGUUUGGAUAUCCCAAAAUCUACUGUUAAUGUCAGUGAUGGGCUGACCUUUCUGGACUUAAUCAUCAACCAGAUUGAGACUCUUAAUUCCAAAUAUGAAUGUGGAGUUCCCUUGGUUCUUUUGAACACAUCUGACAUACAUGAUAAUACUUUAAAGAUCUUGGAAAAGUAUUCAACUUCAAGCAUCAACAUACAAGCUUUUAAGCAGGAUCAAGGUUCAGAAGUAAUAUUAUCUGGUGACCAUUUGGGCAAGGGGGAAGUGUGUCCUUUUGAAAAUGGUGGUGCAUUCCUUUCCCUGGCAGAAUCAGGAACCCUUGAUCUAUUAUUGACACAGGGCAAGGAGUAUAUCCUUGUAAUCAACUCAGACAAUGUGGCUACUGUCAUUGAUCCAAGCAUAUUAAACUAUUUGCUUAACAAUAAAAUUGACUGUUGCAUUGAGGUGACUCAAGGCCAUUCAUCAGAUUUUCACUCACAGCUAAGGAAUUUUAAGCUUCAGGAAAUUGCUCGAAAUCCUGAUAAACAGAUGAAAGACCAAUUUAAACUUAUUGAUACAACAAACAUGUGGGUGAACUUAAGAGCCAUUAAGAGACUUGUAGACACUGAUAAACUUAAGUACAACAAUCAAUCAGUUUCGAAGGAAAAUGACAUUGACCAAAGUCUUUUACAAAAAACAGCAGCUGGAUCAACAAUACAGUUCUUUGAACGUGCAAUUGGUGUCAGUGUACCUGAAUCACGUUAUCUUCCAUUAAAUACAACGACAGAUUUGCUCCUUAUACAGUCAGAUUUAUACACUUCUAAAGAAGGCGUUUUAACUCGUAAUCCAAACAGAGCUGAUCCUAUAGAUCCUGAAAUUCACUUGGGACCUGAAUUUGAAAAGGUUGGAGACUUCCAAAGUCGGUUUAAAUCCAUCCCCAGCAUUGUUGGGUUGGAUAGUUUGACAGUAACAGGUGAUGUGUGGUUUGGAGAUAAUAUUACCUUAAAGGGGGUGGUGACUAUUGCUGCAAAACCUGGGAUGAAACUUGAGAUUCCAGAAGGAGUAGUGAUUGAGAACAAGGUGAUCAGUGACACUGCAGACAUCUGAGUGACAAGGGUUUGUUGAUGCUUAUUGGAUCUGGUUUAAAAGAAUAACAUGAUGAUUAUUAAGCCAGCGAAGCAAUGAAUUAUGCGAUACUCAGUUUCAUUAGAUGACAGCCAGCCAUCUGCAAGCGAUUUUGUUUCUCUGCAACUAAAGGUUUCAGAAACGAGUUAGAGGUCACACUUCAUAUUCUUUCUACUUUCAUGGUAGGCAGAUAUUUAUACGAUAAAUCACUUUUAUUUAUUGGUUUCGUCUGUAAUUUUUGGGGCAUGGUGUGAUUUUGCUGCUGAGAAUCCAAGGGGAGGCAUGUGUUGCUGGUCAAUUUAUCACAGUAGAUUAUUGGUGUUUGAUUUAAAGGUAAUAUUAGUUACUUGAGGAGGAAAUAAAACCAUUUGAAAAAAAAGAGAGAAAAAUUUUAUACACUUAA